AUGAAACGCUCGUUAAAUUCUACCAAAGAAGAAAACAAAAAUUCAUCUUUAGUUACUCUUGAUGGUUAUGUUGUAAAUGUUGGCAUAAUAACAAAAAAUAAUAAUAAUGAAAAUCAUCAUUAUUCAUUCCUUUUAUCACUAAUGGAUCAAAGUACUGUUCGAAUAACAAAAUUUUUAUCGAAAAUUGCAUCGUGUGCAUUGCACAAACGUUUACAAGAAUCAAUGCUUGGUGGAUGUGGAGCUUCUAUUACUGCCUUACGAGAACAAAACGAUCAAUACUUAUGUACCUUUGCAACAAAAUUAAUUGAUAAAGAAUUAACAUUUCGUCCUAUUUGUGUUCGUGUACAAUCGAUUGAAAAUUUAAAGAAUAAUAUCUUUGAAGGAUUAUGUACAAUUGAAGUUAAAAUUUGUGAAAUCGGAAAUGAUAUACUCUGUACUUUUGAAGAAUCAGAUUUUAAAAAAGUACAAAAAUUUAAAAGAAUAGCUAUAGUUGGUGAUGCAACAGGUGCUCUUGAAAUUACUUUAUGGGAAUCUCAGUUUAACAAAAUCGAAUUAGGAAACUGUUAUCAAAUUAAACUUGUGAAAAGUCGUUUAAUUAACUUUGAAUUAUCAUUCUCAGCAAAUGCAGAUACAUCGUUUAUAAAGAUUGACGAUCUGGGCAUUGUUGAAACAAAUGUUGAUUCUACUAUAAAAAACUUACGUAGUUGCUACGGUCGAAUUGUAAAUUUAUCCAAAAAUCAACUGGAAUAUGCAUGUCAAGCAUGUGGAAAGCCUGAUGUUAUAGAAGAGACAUACUGCAUAGUAUGCAAUAUUUGUCAAUGUCGAAUACCGAAAUAUAAUAUUGAAAAAGAUCAAUUAUUCAAAAUUACAAUAACAACAGAUAAUCGACACGAAUAUAAUUUGUUUGUAUCGGAAAUAAUUUUGAUACCAGUUUUAACUUGCAUUAAUGAAUCAUAUACUAAUAUUAACCAUCUUAUAAAUGAAGAACAUUUUAUUAAUGCAUUAGGAAAUGUAAUUGUAGAAUUCAAAUUUGAUCAAAAUACAGGAAUAAUUUCAGAAUUGAAAAUUUUCAAAAAAGUUGACUCUUUGGAUAAAGGUAAAAUAAAAUUCAAUUAA